CUGUGUCUGUACUGCCAAGAGUGACAAGUGCGAAUAUACAAAUCCCCUAAAAAAAAGAUUCUAGUGUAGUGUUUUGCUUGGAGGAAUUAUUUUUAAGUUUUAGACUAUACCACACGUUUUAUUAUAUGUAUCAUCUCAAUUAAUCAUCUAUAGUUACUUGCAGAACAAACAAAUCAAAUUUUAUUACGUAAAGUUCAAAUAUUUUUCAUUUUUGAAAAAAUGAGUGAUGGUAGCAGUAGUGAUGAAUGUGAUUCAGAUUAUAAAUUAUAUAGAGAUAGGCCAGAAUGGAAAGACGUAACACCUGUGAAACAAGACGACGGGGGAGAAUGUAUUGUUUCAAUUGAUUAUACAGAGAUUUUUGUUGAUUGCUAUGACUACUUUCGAGCAGUAUUGAAGAAUAAAGAAAUAAGUGAAAGAGCCUUAGAACUGACCCAAACUGCGGCUCAUCUAAACCCUGCCAAUUAUACUGUAUGGCAAUAUCGGCGUGACAUAUUGAAAGGGCUCAAUAAAGAUAUCCAAGAAGAAUUGGAUUUUAUUGAAAAAAUUAUCCUCAAACAAUCAAAGAAUUAUCAGGUGUGGCAUCACAGGAAAGUUCUUGUGGAAAUGGUGAAAGACCCAUCUAAAGAAAAAUAUCUAACUGAAGCUGUAUUGGCCAAAGACGCUAAAAAUUAUCAUGCAUGGCAGCAUAGACAGUGGGUUAUAAAAACAUUCAACCUUUAUGAAGGCGAGUUGGAUUAUGUGGAUACCCUGAUAGCAGAUGAUGUCAGAAAUAAUUCAGCUUGGAACCAAAGAUAUUUUGUUAUAAAUAAUACUACUGGAUUCACAGAAGAAGUUCUGAACAGGGAAAUUCAGUAUACUCUGUUCCAUAUUAAAACUGUUACUGAAAAUGAAAGUGCUUGGAAUUAUUUGAGAGGAUUGUUACUUCAUGACAAGGGUGGUCUCAGUAAAAAUAAAAAAGUGACAGAUUUCUGUGAGGAAUUGUACAAAUCAGGAAACCGAUCUCCAUUUCUUCUUGCAGUCAUUGUUGACAUGUGCUACGAACAAGUCACUGAAGGUGGGGGAGAUUGCAAAUAUACUAAAGAAAGAGCAAAAGAAAUUUGUGAGGAAUUGAUCAAUACAUAUGACAAAGUAAGAGCCAAUUACUGGCAACAUAUGCUAGAUACAAUAGAGAAUAUUGGCAAAACAGAAGGCGAGACUAGUAACAGCUCGAAUUGAAGCAAACAGGAAUUUGUAUCUGGUUUUAAAGAUCUAUUAUGGUUAUAGAUCAGCUUUAUUGGCUUUGUAUUGGCUGCCCACACAGGUUUUAAUUGUGAAGUAUCCAUUUUUUUAUGUUUACAGCUGACAUGGGUGUAUCAAUGUUUCCCUUUUUAUGUGAAGAUGCAGAGAGAAAGGUGUUAAUGGAGUCUUUAUUUUAUUAUGUAUACAUUCCAAGGAUCCUUGAUGUGAUUUUAUUAAACUCUUCACAUAA